CAUGUUACCACUCGCUGUACUGAGGACUUUGAAAGGUAAACGGAAUCUAAAACGAGGGAAAGGAGUAAACAGUACUGAGACGUUGAGAACAGAGGACUCUACAACUAUAGCGCGCCAUCAACAUCAGUGUUUGUCAUUGGUGUUUGAAUAAGAUCUUCCUACAAUUGCAAUUGGAGAAGGAAUACCGGUUAUUCAACUAGUUAUACAUUUGACUGUUUUAUUGAAUUGUCUUCGCAUCGUCUUCAUCCUAAAAGGGAUGCAUUUGUUGAGCAUGUCCACCAAAUGGCCGACCUAUGAUUCCCGCUCCUCCACCCCCAGCUUCCUCCUCAGCGAGAGCGACGUGACUGAGGACGAGGCAGACAUUGAUGUCUUCAACUCCGAAAGUGAGGGAGAUAGCUCAGGGGGUGGCAAGACCUGCUCAGUACCCUUCUCCCUGGCUGGGGGUGGCGAGGCAGCCCCUAGGUUACACUGGUCCAUGGCUGGGAGUGGACAAGCAAAAUGCUUUCCUCACACCACCACCUACCCAUCCAUGGUGGCUUCCCCUGGCAGUGCUGCGUUAAGCACAAAGGGAAGCACAGAGGAGACCAUGCAAGGAGACCUGGCCUUCGCUCAGAAAUGUUCAGAGCUGCGAAGGUUUAUCAGACCCCUGUUGGAGCUUCUGAAUGGACUCAAGACGGGGAGAUUUGAGAGAGGACUUAGCAGUUUCCAGUCGAGCGUUGCCAUCGACAGACUCCAGAGGAUCCUGGGUAUUCUUCAGAAACCUGAAAUGGGAGAGAAAUUCCUCCGCACCCUCCUGCAGGUAGAGAUGAUGCUGAAGAUGUGGUUCCCCCACGUGACCCCUGUCGCUGCCACCCAGAAACCCACACCCAGUCUUCCGCCACGAUGGCACCAAAAUCAGCUGUGCAUGCCAGUCAAGAAGCGCAAGCUUAGCUGGUUGGACUCUGACUUCCCCAGUGCCGCCGCACCCAGUUGCAAGCGCCUGCAGCGCGAGGACAACUACCAGGAAAUGACCUCACAAGACUCUUGCCCGUUGAGCAGAGACACCUAUAACCCGUCAUGUCUGACUGUCAGCAAGAGAAGAAAGGGAAAUAAGAGGCUUGAAAUGUCACCUUGCUCAGCAUGUGGUAGCCCAGCCACACAAGACAGCCGUGUCUCCUCAACCCUCCUGGUGUUUCACUCACAUCAGCUCUCCCUCCAUGGACAUCAGCCACAGAGGUGCCACGGCAGGCCUGGCACAGUGAAGACAGAGACAGAUAUUGCAUCAGUGGAAACCCAAAGGAGGGGUCAGUCUAUCCCCAUAUUACUGAGGUCCAUGAAACAAGAGCCGGAGUAGAGGAUAUAAAACUGAACUCGGAAGUCAUUGCACCGUUUGACAAUUUUUUGUCAGUGUUGGAGAGUUAUUAUUUUUUAAUUGAAAUGUACCUGGGAAUAUUUUUUUAUGGUUGAUGUGAUAAAGCAGUGGUUUAAUUUUUCAAUUUUUAUUUUUUUAUACUGAUUACUGAUUUGAAAGAAGAUAAUUUUUGUAUUUCAGAAUUAUCAACACAAAUACAAUCACAUGAAAUACACUAUGCAGAAAUAUAAAAGAAAGUAACAUAGCUCAAGAUUUAUGGAAUACCUUUUAACCUAACAUAAACUCAGUUAGUUAUGAUAAAGUUAUCAAUAGUAAUGAAGCAUAAAACAUUGACAAUACAAUGAAAAACAUUACAAGAACCUGUUAAGCCUUCAGCGGCUCCAGCACAGGGAACAGUGAAAAAGGCAGCUGAUAUAACUGCCACUAAACCUCUGCCAACCAGUGGCAACAAAACCAUUGCUUUUAUUACACACUCUGCCGAGUCUGUUAGCCACAGUUUAAUGUAACUAUUGACUAAAUCCACCUCAGUGUGAAUACUAACAAACCCAGUAGCAUGCAACUGGAAUGACAGCAACCACUAAGAACUACGAGAGGAGAAAUAACAACUGUGUUAGAUUUAAGGUAUUACUCAUAAAAUAGGUCUGCUUGAAAAUCCUGGGUGUGGACUAGAGCAUAUUCAUUGGCUUAAUGCUUUCUAAUUUCAUUGAUUUAUUUGAUAGAAUACAUUUGUCCUUUAUUUUUUUGAUACGUUUGUCAGUUUUCUAUGGUGUGAAAAGAAAAUAAUUUUGACGAAUAAGUCAUUGCCAAAACUAUUUUGCACAUUAAUAUUUUACAUUUGAUAACAAAUGAAUUUGUACCUUAUAAAUGUUACUAUUGUGACGACGCAAAACACAAAUAAUUUGGAAUCUUCUAGAAGUGUUUCUAUUGGAUUGGGAGAAAAUACGUAAAAACCUGUCAUUAGGCCAUUGGGUAUUUGAACCACAAUGUUUUUGCUUAGCAAUUAUCAUUCAUGUUGAAUGACUCUAUCCCUGGCCACUUUCAGAGAGUCUCUUGAGCUGUAACUAUCUAGAUGGGGAUAGGGGGGAAACCAAGAAUAGCUGGGUACUGAUUUGAUCUACUGACUUAAAGAUUUUCUUUUAACGACAACAGUUAAGCCUAAUACAGGACAACCGAAACAUCAUGAUCAAAAUCAAAUCAACAUUUUGUGAAUGUGUGUGGGUUUUGUAUGGGAAUGUCAGUGUUUGUACGUAUAGUCUAGUGAGUGCGUAGGGUCAGUCAGUGUAAGAUAGUCAGUGCAGAUUUUUUGGGUGUCAUUAAUUGACUAUUUAGCAGUCUUAUGGCUUGGGGGUGCGUUACCAUACUGGUAGUAUGUGUUAUUGUUCAUGCCAAGGAAAGGCCCAGGUAGAGGACAACAGAGAGAUCACUGCAUUAGUAAAUACAGGUUACUGUGUUGAGGCAAUGCACAACCCUUCCUAAAAACUGUUUAAACAGCCCAUUGGGGAGUUGUUUAUUUUUAUUUUUCCCGUGAGGGAAUAUUCUAAUUUCAUGGUUUUGGUGUAUGUAGAUCCUAUGUUUUGCACAUUUUCUCUGUUUAUCAAGAGGACAAAUGGUUGGGCUGAGAAGGAUAUUUUGCUGUUUAAUGUUGUCUUCCUUGAUUCAAUCCAUUUCCUUUGCCUCCGCUCUUCCCAACUCUUCCCAACACCCUCCAUUACAUUUUUUGGUUGGGCAUAAUAUAAUAGUGUUUUGGUUAUACACAAUGUACUUGUGCUUAAUAUUUUAUAUAUAAUUGUUUCAGACCUAAAUUGUUUUUGAUAAAUUGUACCCUUUUUGCUAAAAUAAAGUCAUGUUUUUGUUAAUCAGAA